AUGAUAGUUACUAGCUCAGGGAUAAGUGAGAGUAUUGCAGAGGAUGCUCGAGCAAGUCUCGAUGCUCAGGUCGCCCAGCUACAAGCUGAAGGGAAGUUGGAACCCGGAAAGUCAAGCCAUGAGCAAUUGAAAUGGACGCCCGAGACGAUCGCAGCUGCUCAGGAGUUCCUCAAGAACGUUGACCUUACGUCCCUCAAGAGCCUCGGAGUCGAUGCGAAGCAGGAAGAUAUCCAAUGGAGGAUGCCUAUAAUAUACUCGAAUGUGUUGCCUGAUCCCUUGAAAUAUGACAAGUCGGGUCCCGGGAAGGGAAUCAUUGGAUUACUUGCACUAGGCACAGUUCAGCUGCCAGAAAUUGGUGAUAGCGGUGAGGUAGAGAUCGAGAGUGGCUCCGCUGCAUUCUUUCUCGAGUCUGAUUCUGUUGUGUAUCGUUCAUGUGGAGGAUCGCGAGGUAUCUUGUUUUAUAUUAGCAUCUGA